AGAUGUAUGCGCCGUUUUUUUUUUUUUCUGUUUAUGUUCCCUCUGUAAAGGUAAAUGCACACCUCAAUUCUCCUUCAAACACCUUUUAUUAUCUAAGCAAAAUACAAUCAGAAUAAAAGGCUAUUUAGGGUUUAUAUAUGCACCCGUAGCUUUAAAGACAAUACUGUACAUAUUUAUUUAAAUUUUGACUUCCAUGGGUAAACACAGUGCACUCAAAGAAUAGUCUGAAUUAGCAAUACGUUGUGUGUAUAAAUAGUAAGUGCUUCCUUUAUUAAAAAUCAGUCAACAAUGUCUUUGUUCUUUCGUGUUGGUUUCUUUAUCUCUGCUUUUAUUUUAUCGUUUGCCUUGACUGCGAAACCCCCACUUGUGUCAUUGACUAUCACUAUUCUCGGAUUUCCUGAACCAAAAUUCUAUAGUUUGACUUGCGAUCCUACUGGUGGAAACCAUACAAAGGCAGAUUCUGCAUGCGAUAUCAUUGAUGACUCGAAAGGAAACAUUACAUAUAUUGAUAGCUACCCUAUUCCUUACUCAAAGGACAGCACUCCACCUAUCAAUAUAACAAUCGAAGGUCAUUACCAUGAUACUCUUGUUAGCUAUAGACAUGAAUAUCCGAACCAAAUCACUGCUAUCAACAAUCUUCGGGGUAUUUAUCCUGAAGAAGAAUCUUAAUAAAGUAAACUAGUAGUCUUGUGAGAAUACAUGUACCAUUUUACGCAGAUACUACCUCAUUUCUUGCACUACAAUGGUCAUUUAAAAAAGAGAGAGAGAAAAGUCAUGUGAUAAUGGUUUGCUUUUUUUUUUUU